AUGCUUCAUCCACAAGUGUGCACGGUGGGGAAUUUGCCGCCUCACAGAGGGACCACAAUAGGAAUACAUUCAUUAUCAGUACAUAUGCUUCGUAUCUUCCAAGACGUCCUAAUCAUUGGGAAGCACUUAGAUAACCAUAUUGGGGGAUCUGACUCCGACACAUCACGUUCGACCUUGGCCGUCAGCAAUUCUAUCACUUCGGGCUCGAUUGGAGACCCACCUCAUGCUAGCAAUUCAUCCUCGGUUAGGGAUCUGCCCUGUUCGAGCACUUCGCCCGCAUCAAACCAAGAACGGAACUCGUUGGAAGAGUCCAGUGUGUCCACCGAUUCAGGUCUUGGUGGGAACGAAGUAUCUCCCGAAAUCGAGUCUCCACCCACAGGGGAAGGCGAUUCCGUUAAAGAAGAAUCCAGUAACUCCAUCUACCAGCGUCAUAUGUAUCUCGAAGCGCAUGGUUUUCCUCUUUAUAUUCCUCAGCCCAACAUGACACUCCCCCCCUCAUAUCAAAAGCAAGGUGUCAGCAUUGGCGAUGUUGGGAUUAUCACUACAGAUGGGGCCUUCGACUACCUUUUUAAUGCCUGCUCGCCCGCUGGGCACCCAAGUAACCCUGACGAACUUCCCGAAGGCUUUUUUCCGUUUGAGUUGAAAUCAACAGAUAUUUGCAAAUUCCCUGUUCAUCUUUCGCACAGCCAUUUAGCCAAUCGGGCUGUCAACAGGCGAGACAGGACAACGUUUGAAUGCUCUGGUUCUGACGGCGCUAUUCUCGUGAUGCCUCAAGGGGCAUACCACGAAGAUUUGCAAAACAUUAUGACAUUUAGAGAAUACGUAUCGAUCCACGCUGAAAGCUGGUAUGUGUACGCGAAAGGGCGCGGUCGACAAGUUGGGAACAAGGAACUUCGCGUGGUCACGGGGUGUGACAAGACAAUUUCGUGGGGAAUCGCAACCUACUCGCGUCUCCAGUCGAAAUGUCCUGAAGGCAACGUGUCCCUCUUAAGGUUCCAUCCUGUUGGUAACGAAGGCCAAGGUCGACACUCUUCAUAUACAACGUACGAAUGGGAUUAUGCAAGCGUGCUAGAGGCGAAGUCUGGUCCUGAAAAGGAUGAGCUUAUGAAUUUGGAGGUCACCGGCUCCGAGCCUCCACGAAAUCAGUGCACCUUCAUCCGGACGCAUACCGCUGCUAUCGGUGCUGAUGACUGGGAGCGUAUCGAAUUGAAGGUAGCGUCUUUAGUAAAGGAUCAAGCAUCGGUGCGAUCCCCCCAGAGCCCUUUCCCUUCAGUUUCAGGCGCCAUAAGUUCUCUUUCAAGUCGCAUGGGCUUCUUGCGUGGUUAUGGUCGCGGAGGUAACUCCGAGGAGACUGAUUCAAUGACCCCUGCACAGUGUCCCAAAGCGAAGGUUGUAGUUGUCCAUGACAGCGACUGGUGCUCGGUGAUUCGCGACACAGAUGUUGAUUGGACAUGUACAGCCCAAGACCUUCCACGUCGGAUUCAAGAGGCAUUUCAUAUCGUUCAAGAGAAUAACGGUACCGUGUACCUAGAAGAAAAAACACCAGCUCAAGACCUCAGUACAUCAUGUGACGUCUCUGUCAAAUCAGAGGUCGAGGAUCGAAAGCCAGGGUCUUCGCAAUCUUCCGAUUCAUUCGAAACAUCCCCUUCAGACAUGCAAGUUGACGCUCCUGGUGGAAAGAACACUAUGGAACAGAGGGCAAGUUUGAGCACACUCGAACAGACCGAUUACUAUGGGUCAAGCCCUGCUCACCCCCCCCUAGCUACCCCGCUGUCGUCUCAGCCACCCCCUUUGGUGGGCUCAACCUAUAAAGCGAAACCACUGAUAAAGAGAGCGUCCAUAGCAUGCGUUAAAUGCCGCGACCGCAAAGUAAAGUGCAUUCCUGUACCCAAUGAGGAACCUCCUCGGCGGUGUACUAGGUGCAAAGAAAAAAAUCAGCCGUGCCAGUACUUGACUGUCACCCCAGAGUCGGAACAGAGGGGAAGUCAGCCCCCGCCAGCACAGACGGAUUGCUAUCCAUACUACGAAUCAAGCCGUCCCCCAGCUACCCCGCUUUACGCUCAACCACUCUCUUUCGUGGACUCGACCUAUCCCUAUCCCCAGCCACGCUUUUCCAGUCAACUCGAACCAUACCCAACCUCUGCCCAGAACACAGGCCACCAUAACACGCCGCCCAACAUGUACCCUAGGCAUCCAGUUUUCUCGUUCGCUACCCCGCCUUUGCCUUUUCCCUACACGCAGUCACCGUCGCCAACCCGCUUCGGACGAGAUCCAUCUGGGAAUUAUGGUAUUUCGACCACUUACCAAGCUCAGUCUACGCAACAGUUGCCAACGAACCAGCAGUUCUACGAUAAUCAGGAGUCGCGUCAGGACUCAGGAUAA